UAACUAUGAAUCCUUCAUCCAUAAAGAAUCAGACUUAAAGGAGAUCGCACUUCACUUCCGUUUCAGUCAGCAUGGACGACUCCGCAUUCCAGCGACAUGGAUCAGCCAGACCGACCCGGAUACACAGAUCUGGCACAGGAGGAGGCACAGGAGGAGAAGGAAGGUACCAACUGGAGGGAGUGUUGAGUAAAUAUACCAACCUGAUCCAUGGCUGGCAGAACAGGUACUUUGUGCUGGACGAAGACCUGAACCAGCUGCAGUACUUCAUGAAUGAGAAUGGGCGUGGUCAGAAACCCAGAGGAACCAUCUCACUGACCGGUGCGUCAGUCACUGUAAGCGAUGAGGCUCCUCACACGUUCGUCAUCAGUUCAUCCUGCGGUGAUGUUUACAAACUCAGAGCGAUGGAUGGUACAGAGCAGCAGGUGUGGAUGUCUCACAUUGUGUCCUGCACUACGAACACCUCUGUGGGACCACUGAACAACACCGAUGAGGACCGGACCGUCCAACACCAGGACGCACAGGGUCCAUCGUGUCGGAGUUCCUCUCUCCUGCCGUCCUCCUCUUCCUCCUCCUCUUCCUCUCCGAGGCCGCAGAGACACGCCCCUCAUCUUCCUCCUCCUCCUCAUGAAUCUCCUGCUCCAGCAGCCAGACACUCACCCUCAGACUCCCUGCUGAACCUGAGAGAGGUGAUGUGUCGGGUGGAGUGUGAACAGAAAUCACUCAUUCAUACGAUCAACUCUCUCCCGCAGCGAGGUUGUGUUUCAUGUCUGGAUCCCGAUCUGCUUCUAAUCAAAGCCACAUCAUCCGCUACGCUACACUGUCUCACCCAAUGUUUUAGCAUACUUCAGCUACACAGCCACGCCCACAACACACCCGACCGCGCCCACUCACAGCACACACCCAACACGGACGCUGAACAGACUGCAGGCUCUCUUGUCUGAUAUCAGUACUGCUGAGAGAGAAGUUACGUUACAUCCUGGUGAUGAACAAUCAUGUGUGCUUGUAGUGUGUGUAGUGUGUGUAAUGUAAAGUGUAUACACAGAUCAGCCA